UAAAAAAUCACAUUUCAAAAGAUCUCAAAAUCAACAGAAUCAUUCUAAUUGGUUGUUCUUAUGUGAAUAUAAAUUUGUUGUCAAGAAGUGAUUUCAUCAUUUGAUCAUCAACAACGAAAGCGUUUGUUUUAAUCUAAAAAUGUCUCAAUUUGCGAAGAUUUUUUCAAUUUUUAUUAUUAUGAUCGUCUGGACUAUGGCAGCUCCUCAACCACACGGUGGACAUGGUGGGGGAUUUGGAGGACAUGGAGGCUUUGGGCAUGGAGGCUUUGGGCACGGAGGCUUUGGACAUGGAGGUGGUUUUCGUGGUUAUGGAGGUGGAUUUCAUAGAGGUGGUUUUGGUGGCGGAUUUGGAUUCUACGGAGGAUUUUAUCGUCGACCAUUUUAUAGUGGGUUUUCUUCGAUCUUCCCAUUUGGAUAUCCUUUUCCAUAUCCAUAUUAUCCGUAUUAUGGCUAUUAUUAUUAAUGUGCAGCAACGAUUGAGCUUGCUUAUAUUCAAUAUAUUUUGUCCGGUAAAUGUAUAAUAAUAAGUCACCGAUAAAACUUAAGUCAUAAUGAGCAGUGUUGGCCGGGAAAAGGUUCAAUCAAAAGGAUUCAAAAAACAUAUACAUUCAAAUUGAUAGACAAAUGAUCUUGGAAGACCUAAAAACCAUCACAUAUUCCCAGAGAAGAAUUACUCCUCUACUCCUUUAGGAAAAUAAUUGAAAUUACUCUUCCUUGGCCGACUACAAAAGCUAUAGAAAUACUCCUUCUAAUUUCUCAGACGAGCAAU